GGAAAAAAAUAUAAGCACAACAUGAACACUAUUAUUCUCGGCACGUUGUCAAUAGACGCCCGAAGCGAUUAUGCUUCAAUAUCGAUUCCCGGUGUGUUUCGCUGCACAAUAAAAAUGACAUUUUCGCUGCCCAAUGCACCUGUACACAACUUACCGCGUACGUCCUUUGCGACCGUUGAAUAACAGCUUAACCCGUGGUAAUCACGAAUACCCGGUAUACGGUGUCCGUAUGACUUGAUUGAUAACGUUGAAUUCAUCCGGUGGUAUAAAUGUUAUGAAUGUUCCAUCGACGUUUAGUGGGCAAGUGUUUCAUCAACCGAACACAGUGGCGUAAUAAAUUCAUAAAUUAAUUUCCCAUCUGCUCUUGCAAGAUGGAUGAUAUGGACGACCCUACUCAGGGAGCGGACAUAUGCAGGGUAUGCCGAUCGGAGGGCAGUCCAGAACGACCAUUGUUUCAUCCUUGCAUAUGCACUGGCAGUAUAAAGUACAUUCAUCAGGAAUGCUUGGUACAGUGGAUGCGUUACAGCCGAAAAGAAUAUUGUGAACUUUGUAGUUAUCGAUUUUCAUUUACUCCAAUCUAUGCCCCCGAUAUGCCUCGACGAUUACCUAUUAAGGAUGUUGCAGCUGGUAUUACCUCCAGUAUUUUAACUGGUGUUAAAUAUUGGCUACAUUUCACUUUGGUGGGAUUGGCAUGGCUCUGUGUUGUACCUUUUACAGCAUGUCGAAUUUACCGAAGUCUAUUCAAUGGUUCUUUUGAUGCUGUGAUAUCUUUACCCCUUGAUAUGUGGUCAUCGAAGAAUAUUUCUGGCGAUAUAUUUCAUGGCAGUUUCGUUGUGACUUGCACAUUAUUUGCAUUUAUUGGAUUAAUAUGGCUAAGAGAACAAAUAUUGCAUGGUGGUGGUCCUGAUUGGUUGGAAAGAGAUGAACCAGUUCCUCCCGUAGUAAUCAACAAUCAAAAUGAUCAACAACCACAAGCUGGUAACGUACUAUUACCUCAAGUUCCUGAUGAUCAUAUUGUUGAAGAGGUUGAUGGAGAAAUUCGCCAAGAAAAUGGAAAUCAAGUAGAUGAAGGCCAUUGGAAUCCAAUAGACUGGGGUGAUCGAGCAGCAGAAGAUUUGACUUGGGAACGACUUCUAGGAUUAGAUGGGUCAUUGGUAUUUUUGGAACAUGUGUUUUGGGUAGUAUCCAUGAAUGCAUUAUUCAUAUUGGUGUUUGCAUUCUGUCCUUAUCAAAUGGGUAAUCUGGCAAUAACUGCUAUGGCGUUACAAGAUAAAGUAGCUGCAUCACAUUUUGAAGGUUUAGUGACUACACUUUGUGGUUAUUGUCUCAUUGGUAUGUGUCUGUUGAUUAUGCACACAUUCGCAACUAUUAUUGGGUUCAGACGUUCCAAACGUAUAAUUGGACUUAGUUAUAUUGUUGUAAAAGUAUCUUUACUCUCUGUCGUUGAGAUUGGUGUAUUACCUUUGGUGUGUGGUUGGUGGUUGGACAUAUGUUCAUUAUCAAUGUUUGAUACAAGUUUUAAAGACAGACUGGCCAGUUUCCGUUUAGCUCCUGGUACAUCCAUGUUCAUCCAUUGGCUAGUUGGUAUGGUAUAUGUAUAUUAUUUUGCAUCGUUUGUACUACUCCUGCGAGAAGUUGUCCGACCAGGGGUGCUAUGGUUUUUACGAAAUCUUAAUGAUCCAGAUUUUAGUCCUAUACAAGAACUAAUACAACAAGGUAUGCUACAACAUGGAAGAAGGUUAAUUGCAUCAGCAAUGAUAUUUGGCACAGCUGUUUUCCUUGUUGUUUGGUUACCAAUACGAAUUGUUAAAUUUGUAUGGCCUACAUUUUUGCCAUAUAAUGUAACAUUGCACAGCGAUUCUGUCAACGAAUUAUCUAUGGAGCUAUUACUUCUCCAGGUUGUAUUACCAGCAUUACUGGAGCAAACACACACCCGUAAUUGGUUGAAAAUGUGUAUACGUAUUUGGUGUGAAGUUGUCUCAUAUUUACUUGGAAUUAAAUCAUAUUUACUUGGAGACGGAGAAGAACCAGCUCCUGUUGUUGCUCCUAUACAUCCACCAGCAGCAGAUUUAGGAGCUGCUCAUGAGGGGCUGUUAAGACGUGGUGGACCUGUGGGUUUCCGCCCUUACUCUAGACCCACCAAUUUUGCAAUACGACUAAUUGCUUUACUUAUUCUGGUAGCAGUAUCAGUGGUUGUAACCAGCUUAUCGGUUAUAACAGUACCUGUAUUUUUGGGUCGUGUGGUCAUGUCAUUCUGGCCGGCAUUGUUACAAACUAACCCGGAACAUUCUGAAUUACCAAACAUACACGAACUAUAUACUGCAGCAUGUGGCACAUAUAUAUGUUGGUUAUCGGUGCGAGCUGUUUGCUUUGUAGUGGGAUGGCUACCUGAAGGACGUACUGUUGUUAUUAAUCGAUUAAAGUUCUGGCUCAAAAUUGGAUCCAAAGCAAUGGUUGCAUUUAUCGUAUUACUUGGUAUAAUUCCUUUUUUGUUUGGUCUACUCCUAGAGCUUGUCAUGGUGGUACCAUUCAGAGUGCCUUUGCAUCAGACUCCUGUCCUAUGGGCAUGGCAAGAUUGGGCCUUAGGUGUCCUGUACAUGAAAAUAGCGUGUGCCAUCACUCUAAUGGGACCGGAUUGGUCUCUUAGACGAGCCAUAGAACGUACCUAUAGAGAUGGAUUUAUGCGUUUGGACCUUAAGUUAAUGAUGCAAGAUCUAGCUUUACCUGUGAUUGCUGUCCUCAGUUUGUUUUUAGCUGUACCAUAUGCAAUAGCCUACUCGAUGGUACCGUUAGUUGUAAAAACUCACACAACUAGACUCCUGAUUGCCAGACGAAUAUACCCAACACUUAUGCUCAUGAUGAUCAUUGUUAAAGGAAUGAUGAUGCAGGUGCGCCAAUUCAAAAGGCUUUAUGAACAUAUUAAAAAUGACAAAUAUUUAGUGGGUAGAAGACUUGUAAAUUAUAACCAUUCAAGUUCGGUUAUGGGUCAAAAUUAGUAAACUAAUACAUUUGGUGGAUUGUUUUAUUUCUUUAUUAUUAUUUGUAUAAAAUGUUG